CCCACACACAGACAAAAAUAGUAAACAAAUGACGAUAUCCGUGCCAAAACUCGAUAAAAUAACUUAAAAUCAUGUCCGAAUCCGACUGGAUUUACUUUCUAUUCGCCCUCGUGACCUCAUUUUGCUUCAUUUUCAACGAAUUCGCAUCGCUCGGUCUCUCCAUCGAAAAUCUCUUUGCUUGGUUCAUUGGCGAUGAGUACACCCAAUUCGUUCAGCACCAUAUUUUACGAACUUCCGUGACGCUCGUCGUUCAUUCGGCCCUUCCGAUGCUUUUUAUCAUCCUCCGAUGUCUCAGUAUUGGCUUCGACGACGGGAUUUUUAUCCAAAUUUUGUCAGCAAUUUCAGUUGUACUUCCUUCGAUGGCUGUAACUCUCAUCCUGUACUAUUGGAACACGGGCUGGAUCACCCAUAGUGUCGUAAAAGCCCUAAAAAUCUAUCAAGAAAGCAGUUGGAUGUCCCUUGUGACGGAUAUCAACACAGAAUUUCGGGGUCCUGACAAGAUGGUUAUACGUUUAAAUAGCAUUUCGAACCUCGUUGUCACAGAAAAUUGGCUUUUUAAGACAACUCCGUACACAGUUUACGUGGCGCAUCAAAGUGACAUGGAAUUAAUUGCGGAUAAAACCGACACCCAUGAAAUCACGGAAGAAGGCACCGAUAUCAUCCAAUACGUGAAUAUCCGGGUGAAACCUCAUCGCGGAAAUGCAAAAGAGUUUUCAAUUCGCAUCAAGGCGCCUCAAUUCAAGAAUUUGCAAGAUCGUUUACGACGUCAAGUCAUCAUUUUGCCAAAUGUGAGGCUUCAACCGUCGCUCAUGGAUCGCUUCAUCGACGCUUUUAAGGAUCAAGUCGCUGCAAAUCCCAAAAUUUCCUACAAUCGAGAGGACCUGGAUGUCUGUUUUGCCUGUUUUGCUCAAGAACCUGACGUAAAAAUCCGUAAAAACUGCUUAGACCUUGACGAAGACGGAAACGAGCUUGACGAAGAGUCUCGUUGCGGAAAUUGUUAUUGUCGCCCCAUGUUUUGUGUGAGUUGCUGCGCUCGUUGGUUCUCUGCGCGACAAGAUGAACGUUCGCCGGAAACGUGGCUCGAGAAGAAAAGUCCUUGUCCCAUGUGUCGCACGAAAUUUUGCAUGUUGGAUAUUUGUUACAUCGAAAAAUUACCUUCGCGACGAAAUGUUGAGUCACAAUCAUGAAAAAAAAAUUUUUUAUUAAAUUUUUAAAUUUUAUAUUUCAGUUAAUAAUUCAUUUUUUAUUCCUUUUUAUUGCCCCCGACAGAUCCGGAGCGACGUUUAUUUUUAUCCACAGCUGCUGAGCCGUCUUUUCGCCCCAUUACGGGACUUCCGCCGGAACUGAUGUUACGAAUUAACGAUUUAAGGCCCUUUGCUUGGGUUUCGCU